AUGAAAGAGGAAGAUGAAAUCAAGAUACAUGUCAGUGAUGACGAUGUUGCAGAAAUUGUUUCAUUUGAUGAUGAUCAACUUCAAACUUCGAAAUUUAGAAAAGUCUCUUCCUCUUCUUUGACAGCAAAAGAACUGAGGGACAAGGUACCUUUAACUCUCCAAUUCCGCUCAGAUCCUUCCGUUGUAGGUUGCUCAUCUUCAGAAACGAAAGAGUCAUCCGCCUCAGCGCUGACUUCCUUGACUUUCCAAGAGAAAACUUCCAAGAACAGCGUUGCAAAAUCUGAAAGCAAGGCUCGUUCAAGAGAUCCUUCAAGCAGCUCCUCCGGUCGAAUGAAAACAGAAAGGUUCAAAUGGAAUCCAACAGAAGAGAUUAGGCUUUUUAACGUUGUUGAAGGAUGCAAGCUAGCCAACAAUAAACCAAGUUGGACUGCCGUAGAACAGCAUUUCAACAAGGAGGGAGCACCUUUCGUAGCCAUGUCUGCCCUUCAAAACAAGUACUCCACCAAAGUUAAGAAGCUUAAUAUUACACCGGAAACUGAGAAAGGCUCAUUGCUCUUGAUUUCAUCGUCUUCAGCAAUCCAAAAGAUGAUAAAAGAUGCAAUGGUUAUGGCCGAUAACCAAGUAGUUGAUGAUAUUAUUCAGAAUAUCCCAGUAGAAGCAUGCAAAAUGUUAAAAGGAGAAAAUAUGGAGUGGUUUCCUCCUGCCACAAACUCUAACACCAGUCCAAUGCUGAACAACUUGAGAUGCUUAAUGAUUGGAUUGCUCGAUGGUAAAUUAUCCUCCUCGUUAAGCAAAAAUAUUAACAGGGAUCUCUUAGCUAAAGGCCAUUUGCUCAUGAAGUUUCCCAAAUUGAUAUAUUGCAAAAUUUCUCAUGCACAGUCCUUUGAGAACGAGGUCAAAAAACUUGGUUAUAUUGAGGAUUCGACUCUACUAGAGAAGAUAAAGAUGAGCAUGUUGGAAAAAAUUGAAAUUAAGGAAGAAACAAUUGUGUCUCGCUCUACGUCAUUCUUCGUUCGGACUGGUUAUGGAAAUGUAGAUAGCUUGGAAGUUCAAUACCUGACUGAAACAGUGGACUUACUGACUGUUGAGGUGUUAAGCAACAAUCAAGUCGUGUCAAGAUUUGCUCCUUUUCAAGUAGAGGAAGUGAUCUGCCAAAAGGAAGAUGUUUUGAAAAUUAAUAAUGGAAGUUUGGACUGCUUUGGUGCAGAUAGUGAGGUGCACCGCUCAUCUCGUCUAUUACUGGAACAUAGGGUUUUAAAGAAAUGGAAUGGAUAUGUCAACAUUUUUAACCCUUCUCGCCCUUCAUUAAUGCAGGUUUCAGAGGAAAGAGCAAGGAAAAUAUGGGGAGAUAGGUUUGAAACAAACAUCCAAAAAGGUUCCGAUUUGAGAAUCUUAAAGUCGCAAAGCGUUGGCCAGUCCAGCUCCAUUAAAAGAGCCACCUUGUGCUGGGAAUAUUGCGAGCCAGAUGAACAUUUUGAGCAGAUGUUGAUGGAUUAUUUCUCAUUCACAAACCUUUCAAAGGAUAAAAUUUUGGAAAUUGGUGGUGUUAUUCUGGGACUAUGGUUAACAGACGGGAGCAAAGAUUCUGCAUCCAUUUGUCUCUCCGGAAAUGAAUUAAUGUUGGUCAGAUGGUUGAUAUCUCAGUUUGAAAUGUGUUCCCCUCAAAGCAUGCCGUACUUUAAGCAAUGGUAUGCCAAAAUUAUUAAGGAUGGCGAAGAGGAGGAAAGUAGGGCGAAUAUACUCCUAUUUGAUGAUUUUAAUGAAGAUGAAUCAAAGUUGAAACCGAACAUUAGAUUUUGCGAAGGAGAUUUUUUUCUUAAUGGGCAAGGUUUUGUAGAUCCAUCCUGUAAUUUUGUAAAUCAAGGUAAGGCAAGGCAACAUAUUUCAAAUGGAAGACAUUACGUAGGUGUAUCUUCUAAGGAGUCAGAUGAAGAAACAAGGAACAAGAUAGACACUAUUUUGAGAUCUAAUGGAUACUAUACGUCGUUUUACACAGUCCAUUUCCCAGGGGCUGAAUUUCUUUCAUUCUUGAGGAAGGUUGGUUUGUUGAAAAACGGAGAGAAAUGUGUUCCUUCCAAACUGUAUUUUUCGAGAUCAAGGUUGUUAUUGGGUUUUGCAAAAGGAGAAAUUUAUGGAGAUGGGUCUAAAGAUGGAAAUAGAUUCUUGUUCACGCAGAAGAAGGUUGAUCCAGUAAAGAUUCUCCAGUUUGGUUGCGUGGCCAAUGGAAUGUCAACUGGUAAAAUUUUAUUAGAUACGGAGGCGGUUUACCCAUGUUACCAUAUGUACCUUUAUGGGUCAGGUCUUCGUAAAUGGGUUGACGAUUACUUUCCCAAGAAAUCAAUUAAGGCAGAACAGAAUAUUUACACUCGAUCUCAUACCACAAGAGAAGGAGAUAAAGAAUCCAAAAUGUUUAAGCUCAAAAGUGUCAUGAAGGCUGAUGACCAUGUUGUUGGCAGAUUUCUUGUCACAACACAAGGAGUGUAUUAUGCUAUUGGCGAGAAGGAUGUUUUUUUGCUUUCCAACAAAGGUGGGAUGCAGGUUGUGAAACACUCGGAAGCGUUAAGCGAAGUAAUACCAUCAUUUAUUAAUGAGCUAAAUCAUUAA